UUCAGGAUGAGGCUUGGAUUCAUGGCAUGCCACAUGGAGGGGAUGCGUCGUCUUUGCUUUAACUUCGACGCUCCGUUACUCGGAGAUUUAGUCAGUGCUCCUCGCCGACUGGCAGAGUCAGGAUAUUUUAAUCCGUUGAAACGAAGAGGAGCUUAGAAAAAAUGGAGUACAUGCAGAUUACAGUUCUGCUAGCGAUGCUGUUCGCUGGAUUCGCGAAUGGACAGGGUAGGCAACAACGAAUUCUCAGCCAAGCUGGUGUUUCCUACAUUUCCAAUUACGUACCCAGAUAUGUUUCGGGUUGUGACACCUACACUUGCGGAACGAAUGCAAAGUGUACGAUCAGCGAAGGCCGCCCGGUUUGUUCUUGUCUCAAUCUCCACAUGGGAGAUCCUCUCGUCCAAUGCGUACGAGUCGAGUGUCAAAUUAAUGAAGAUUGCUUGGGGAACCGAGCUUGUUUGAACAACAAAUGUAUCGAUCCGUGUCCCGGUUUCUGCGGUCUAAAUGCAGAAUGUCAGACCAGGGACCACGUUCCCUCCUGUACUUGUCUUUCCCGAUACACCGGGGAUCCUUAUACGUCGUGUCGCAUCGCCGAUCCUCAGGCUGCAUGCAAGCCCAGUCCAUGUGGUCCUAACACAAAGUGCGAGGUGAUCAAUGAGGUUCCAAGAUGCACUUGCUUGCCGGGAUAUCAAGGAUCCCCGUUGUCUGGAUGUCGGCACGAGUGCGAGAGCGAUGCAGAGUGUUCGAACCAUUUAGCUUGCUCAAGUAAUUUCAAGUGCGAAAACCCAUGCCAAUGUGGGGACGGAGCCAACUGCGAAGUAAUCAAUCAUCGGCCUAAGUGUACCUGCCCAAACAAUUGGUUAGGAAGCCCAUACGUCGCAUGUCGUCCAGAAUGUACGUAUCAUUCGGAUUGUCCGCAAAGUCAGCCGGCUUGCCUUAACCAAAAAUGUACCAACCCUUGCGAAGGGGUGUGCGGUGUCAACGCCGACUGUCGACUUCGUGACAUAACUCCCAUCUGCAGCUGUCCCAAGGAUAUGACUGGUAAUCCCUUCGUCAGCUGUAGACCAUUCGAACCUGCUGACUUGUGCAAGCCGAAUCCUUGCGGAAUUAACGCAGUUUGUACGCCAGGCCAUGAUAACACUGGCAAAGAAAGGCCAGUGUGCACGUGUCCUACAGGAUACAUUGGAGAUGCAUUAACCAGCUGUCAGCGAGGAGAGUGUUUAUCUGACAACGAAUGCCCCGAUAAUCGUGCCUGCAUUGACUUCUCUUGUCAGAAUCCUUGUACAGGAAGACAAUGCGGACCGAGUGCUACUUGCAGCCCGAGACGACACAUCGCUGUGUGCACAUGUCCGGACGGCACACGAGGCGAUGCGCUUGUCACUUGUAACCCAAUUGAUUCAAGAUCGGUCUUCAAUUACGCCAGAUACUACAGAUAUAAGUAAUCCUGCUCGAUUACUUGAGUAUAAAUUAAAGUAAACAUAUGUUUAUUGUUUACCCAAACAACAAUCCGACCGAAACAUGUAAAGUUACUUCUUACUCAUGGUUAAACAUUACAGUUUCCACAAUAUGAUCAUGUGUGCAGGGAUUGGAAUAAAAAGAAAUUACCUUA